GGCCACCGAGAAGAAGGAGGAAGCAGGGGUGGCGGCUGCUGCGGCGGUUGCGGCGGGGGCCGGGGUGGGCGCCGCGGUCCGGGCCGGGCAGUGAGGCGCGGGCGGCCGGGCCGGUGGGCUGGGCGGCGGGCCCGGCGGCCGCCCUCGCGCCCUUGCCCGCGCCUGGCGGCCCGAUGUGGCUGCAGCAGCGGCUCAAGGGGCUGCCGGGACUGCUGUCGAGCAGCUGGGCCCGCCGCCUCCUCUGCCUGCUUGGCCUCCUGCUGCUGCUUCUGUGGUUUGGGGGGUCCGGCGCGCGGCGGGCGGCGGGCGGCCUGCACUUGCUGCCCUGGUCCCGCGGUGAGCCGGGCGCCGCCGAGCCGUCUGCCUGCCUGGAGGCGGCCACCCGCGCCUGGCGCGGCCUGCGGGAGCGCGGUGAGGCGGUACCGCUGGGCCCUGGAGUGCCGGCUCUGGUGGCCAACGGCUUCCUGGCCCUGGACGUGGCUGCCAAUCGGCUGUGGGUGACUCCCGGGGAGCGGGAGCCCGCCGUGGCGCCCGACUUUGUGCCCUUCGUGCAGCUGCGCCCGCUGAGCGCGCUGGCUGAAGCUGGAGAGGCGGUGCUGCUGCUGCGGGAGGGGCUUCUGCGCCGCGUGCGUUGCCUGCAGCUGGGGUCCCCAGGUCCUGGCCCCGUGGCCGCCGGCCCCGGGCCCGCCUCCGUCUCUGGCCUUGCCGCGGGGUCCGGCCGCGACUGCGUGCUGCUGCAAGAGGACUUUCUGGCGCACAGGGGCCGACCUCACGUCUACCUGCAGCGCAUCCAGCUCAACAACCCCACGGAGCGCGUGGCCGCGCUGCAGACUGUGGGGCCCACUGCCGGCCCAGCCCCCAAGGCCUUCACCAGUACCCUGGAGAAGGUCGGAGACCAUCAGUUCCUCCUCUACUCAGGCCGGUCCCCGCCUACGCCCACUGGGUUGGUGCACCUGGUGGUGGUGGCCGCCAAGAAGCUGGUGAACCGCCUCCAAGUGGCUCCCAAGACGCAGCUGGAUGAGACGGUGCUGUGGGUGGUGCACGUCUCUGGCCCCAUUAACCCCCAGGUGCUCAAAAGCAAAGCAGCCAAGGAGCUCAAGGCGCUGCAGGACUUGGCACGGAAGGAAAUGCUGGAGCUCUUGGACAUGCCAGCGGCGGAGCUGCUUCAAGACCACCAGCUCCUCUGGGCUCAGCUCUUCAGCCCAGGAGUGGAAAUGAAGAAGAUCACUGACACCCACACGCCGUCUGGCCUCACCGUGAACCUGACACUCUAUUACAUGCUCUCCUGCUCGCCAGCCCCGCUGCUCAGCCCUUCCCUGAGCCACAGGGAGCGAGACCAGAUGGAGUCGACGCUCAACUAUGAAGAUCACUGCUUCAGCGGGCACGCCACCAUGCACGCCGAGAACCUGUGGCCGGGGCGGCUGUCCUCCGUCCAGCAGAUCCUGCAGCUCUCUGACCUGUGGAGGCUGACCCUCCAGAAGCGUGGCUGCAAGGGGCUGGUGAAGGUGGGUGCCCCAGGCAUCCUGCAGGGCAUGGUGCUCAGCUUCGGGGGGCUGCAGUUCACAGAGAACCACCUCCAGUUCCAGGCCGACCCCGACGUGCUGCACAACAGCUAUGCAUUGCAUGGCAUCCGCUACAAGAACGACCAUAUCAACCUGGCCGUGCUGGCGGAUGCCGAGGGCAAGCCCUACCUACACGUGUCCGUGGAGUCCCGUGGCCAGCCUGUCAAGAUCUAUGCCUGCAAGGCAGGCUGCCUGGACGAGCCAGUGGAGCUGACCUCGGCGCCCACGGGCCACACCUUCUCGGUCAUGGUGACACAGCCCAUCACGCCACUGCUCUACAUCUCCACCGACCUCACACACCUGCAGGACCUGCGGCACACGCUGCACCUCAAGGCCAUCCUGGCCCAUGAUGAGCACAUGGCCCAGCAGGACCCCGGGCUGCCCUUCCUCUUCUGGUUCAGCGUGGCCUCCCUAAUCACCCUCUUCCACCUCUUCCUCUUCAAGCUCAUCUACAACGAGUACUGUGGGCCUGGAGCCAAGCCCCUCUUCAGGAGUAAGGUAGGAAGCCGCCAUCUGGUCGAAACCCGAGGCCUUGGCAUUGCUCUCAGCCCUGUGUCUCGGAAGGGGCUAGCCUGGCGAGGGGGGGUGAGGCCUGGGCAGGAAUGGGUGUCCUGAUGCCCUCAGCCCUUGACACCAGAGAGCGCGUGCAAGUGUUUUGAGAGGAGACGACGAGGAAGGGAAAGCUGGAAAUCCAGGUGUGAAUUGAUGGUCUUCUGGCUUUCCAGGGCAGCCCUCCCCUCCUCCCGCAUCAUAAAUCUCAGCAUUUAAAAAUAACUGCAAGCUGGGUGUGGUGGCUUGUGCCUGUAGUCCCAGCUACUUGGGAGGCUGAGAUGGGAGAAUCCCUUGAGCCCAGGAGUUUGAGGCUGCAGUGAACUAUGAUUGUGUCAUUGCACUCUAGCUUGGGCAACAGAGCAAGACCCUGUCUCAAAAAAGCAAAAAACAAAACAAAAAAGCAAAUAAAAGUAAAAAAAAAAAAAAAAAAAAAUAGAGGCAGGGCCUGGUGGCUCAUGCCUAUAAUCUCAACACUUUGGGAGGCCGAGGUGGGAGGAUUCUUUGAGCCCAGUAGUUUGAGACCAGCCUGGGCAGGAUAACGAGGACUUGUCUCUACAAAAAAUUUAAAAAUCAGCCAGGCGUGAUAGUGCACGCUUGUAGUCCCAGCUACUUAGGAGGCUGAGGUGGGAGGAUCACUUGAGCCCAGGAGUUUGAGACUGCAGUGAGCUGUGAUUACACCAUUGCACUCCAUCCCAGGUGACAGAGUGAGACCCUGUCUAAAAAUAAUAAUAAUGAGGCUGGGUGCAGUGGCUCAUGCCUAUAAUCCCAGUACUUUGGGAGGCUGAGGCGGGCAGAUCACCUGAGGUCAGGAGUUCAAGACCAGCCUGGCCAACAUGGUGAAACCCCAUCUGUACUAAAAAUACAAAAAUUAGCUGGGCAUGGUGGUGCAUGCCUGUAAUUCCAGCUACUCGGGAGGCUGAGGCAGGAGAAUUGCUUGAACCCGGGAGACGGAGGUUGCAGUGACCCGAGAUCAUGCCAGUGCACUCCAGCCUGGGUGACAGAGUGAGACUCUGUCUCAAAAAAAUAAAAAUAAAUAAUAAAUAAUAAUAAAAUAAAAAUAACUGCAACAAGCCCCUAGAUUGACUUGAAGCCUCUGUCUGAACUGCUGGCGGGAUCCCCAGCUUCUCCCCAUGUGCCUGUUCAUGGCAUGCAGAGGUCAGCCCCUUGCUCCAGGCCUCAGACCAGAGUGGCCAUCUCGUUAGCAUAGGACACAGGACAGAAGCAUUGCCCUCAAGUUUCCUGAGACAUGUUUGCCCCUGGAAGCGGUGAUUUUGGCCAUCAUUGCUGCAAGACUGUCAUCGGGGCAGCAUCUUAGCAUCAGCAUUGCUGUCGCGGGGUGAGGCUGCCUACUGUGCCCUGCCGCCCGGCCUUCUGUGCUUCCUCAGGAGAAAGACCAGCAGGGAUUCCAGGGGGAGGCCUUUGUUAGCAGUUGUAGAAGAAAAUGUUUCCCAAAGAGCUGAGCUGUUUCCCUUUCUCUUCUCUCCUCCCGUAUCCCCCGUCCUCCCCUCCCCUCCCUUCUCUUCUUUUCUCCUUUAUCUUCUCUUUUUAAA